GAUCAAAUUUGCCUAUACCACAGAAGCUUUCGAUGACUGAAAACGCGAUGCACGAUUUACAAGCUCUGUACGUCACCACAAAUUUAAAUGUCUACAGACUCGACGUUGAUUUGAAUCAGAAGCAUAUGGACGCAAGCACCGAGUGCAAUUGAAAGACGAACUUCCGAUAAGAAUACACAAAAUUGUACUGCCGGUGUCGAGGCAUCGAUCGAAUCGUCACGAUUAGAUUGCUUCGUGCAGAAUGUAUCACAGCUUUCGAGGGAAUUGCAUCAGAUUGUCUGUCAGGAAUCUGGUCCUGGGAAGUGAGUGAUUGAGGUGAUCAGUGUGAUUGAGGGUCAUACUCAGAUCGGCUGCUGCCUGAAUCGUUUGACUUGCAAAUUGAUGCGGCUCGCAGCUACAGGUUCAGCGGGAACGUCAAUGGUCGGGAACCGACGGCUCGAGAGGGUACGAAGGGAGGUCCGGCCAAUCGCCCACCACCUCCGAACGAACGGUUCGACACGAGGCCGAGAGCAGCUUCCCCCGACCGCAUUUUCCUGCCCGAUGCUGCAUCUCGUCCGUCUCCGGCUUCGUUUCCCCCACGGCUUUCAUUUGUCAUGGCGAGGGCCAAAUAUCGCAAAGCUCUCGUGAGAAGCGAUUUUUGAAAUAUGGCCGAUCGACAAUCGUCUGAGUGAGAAGAAUCGAUGCACGCGAUCCCGUUUUCGCGGAAAAGCAAGGAGCAUCGAAGCUUUUGAUUGCUAAAGGACGACGUGCUCGAUUUGCUUCUCACUUGGAGCUUCGUUGGCGUGGUCCAUUUGGACAGACUUCCACCUGAUUGAGAAAUCGGUAGUCAAAGCAGAUUCAUUCAAAUCAAUCAUUCAAUCAGAUUCCAGGAGUUCAGUCGAGUGCGCUAUGUCAGAAGGUAGGCAGUCGUUCCGGAAGGGCUCCAUCAAUGAACAGGGAGCCAAUGUCGUUCAAGGAAUAGAAGCAAAAGUAAAAGCCAGUGCAGUUUUCACGCAGAGCAGGAUCCCGCCAGCUCUUUUCCCUCUAGCCACGAUCGAGGAGUUCGGAUUCAACAAUCAGUCAGGGAUUUUCUGGAUGAAGCAGAAGACGAAAUCGUCCAAGGAGUUCGCCCACGCAGAGAUUGUGAUCAUGUACGCACCGACGCUCAGUGGCAUAAUCGAGAAGAACAAGAUCAAAAACCUCAAAGGAUUCAAGGUCAAGGAGAUGAAAGGAAGAGAACUCUUUCUCUCUGUCCCGUAUGACGAAAUCUACAUCGAUGAUGAUGAAGUCCAUUUGAGGAGCCAACACCACACCACCCGCAACUGCAUGCUCGUCUCCUUCUCUGACAAUCCUCCGCCUCCUCGGCACCCAGAUCCUCCUCCAGCUGCAUCAGCAGCAGCACCACCACCACCACCAGCAGAUCCCAAUGCUGCUGCCCCAUCUGAAGAGACUGCCGCCGCAGCUGAAGGUGCCCAAGAGGGAGAGGCUGAGGCUGGGGGUGAGGGUGAAGCGCCAGCAGACGAUGAUAAUAAUGAAACCGAAGCUGGUACAGAGGAGACUUAAUCAGCGGCGGAUCGACGCUUCAGAGAUUUCAGAUUUCAGAGUCAUGGAAGUUGGAAUUAGACAAGGAUUCGAGCAUUGAGGGCGCAUGGUGAGAAUAGAUAGCUAGAUCUAGAUCCAGGUAUAGCAGCCGUGUACAGGUGAUGGUAUCUGAGAAAGGUGUUUGUUGACUUGAUUGUAGCUUGGUUUGAUACGGUCUUAAAAUUCUUGGAGAUUCAAAUCCAGCGAGGGAUGUUUUUUUCCUUCUCGUUCCGAAAAUCCAUUCUGGCUGAAAUCCAACUGCAUUGCAUUGUGGACUGUCUUGUUCUGUACUCUGAUUCGGUGAAAGAAGCAGCGACUUUCCCAAAUGCUUUUCCAGAACGACGAGGACGUAGUGUCGUUCUUUGGUUGCCUGGCAUGCUCAGCAAUGCAUAUGCAUCUUC